AUGGUUUUAGUUCAAGAUUUAUUGCACCCAUCUCCAGCUUCUGAAGCUCAAAAGCACAAGUUGAAGACCUUGGUCCAAUCCCCAAGAUCUUACUUCAUGGAUGUCAAGUGUCAAGGUUGUUUAAACAUCACCACCAUCUUCUCCCACGCUCAAAGUGCCGUCACCUGUGAAUCUUGUUCCACUGUCUUGUGCACCCCAGCUGGUGGUAAGGCUAAGUUGACCGAAGGUUGUUCUUUCAGAAAGAAGUAA